GUUUGUAAACCCUCAUAAAAUUCAUUGAUAUAAUUAUAAACCCUAGUUUAAAAAACCACCAUAACUGCCAUUUCCAACCAGAGUUUCUUUUCACCUCAAAAGCAUGGCGGGAGGCAAAAUCAGGAAAGAGAAGCACCGCGCCGGCGCCGGCGGCAGCACUCCGCACUUCCAAGGAGGGAUUCCCUUCCAUAAGUCUAAGGGUCAGCAUAUAUUGAAAAACCCACUCUUGGUUGAUUCAAUCAUCCAAAAAUCAGGCAUCAAGCCCACUGAUGUCAUCCUUGAAAUUGGACCUGGUACUGGUAACCUGACGAAGAAGCUUCUGGAAGCUGGGAAAUCUGUCAUCGCCGUCGAGCUUGACCCUCGUAUGGUUCUUGAAUUGCAGCGUCGGUUUCAAGGAACUCCCGACUCGAAUCGGCUGAAAGUUAUACAAGGCGACGUUUUCAAGUGUGACCUACCAUACUUCGAUAUAUGUGUGGCAAACAUCCCCUAUCAGAUUUCUUCUCCACUUACUUUCAAAUUAUUGGCGCAUCGUCCAUUGUUCAGAUGUGCGGUAAUAAUGUUCCAAAGAGAGUUUGCCAUGAGGCUUGUUGCUCAGCCUGGUGAUACUCUUUACUGUCGACUAUCUGUGAACACUCAACUCUUGGCUCGUGUUAAUCAUUUGCUGAAAGUUGGAAGGAACAAUUUCCGGCCUCCUCCAAAAGUUGACUCUUCUGUUGUUAGAAUUGAACCAAAGAAUCCGCUCCCACCGAUAAACUUCAAGGAAUGGGAUGGCUUGGUUAGAAUAUGUUUCAACCGUAAGAAUAAAACUCUGGGCUCAAUUUUUCGACAGAAGACUGUGCUGUCAUUACUUGAAAAGAACUACAGAACCUUGUUAGCAUUGCAGCUUUCACAACAAGAUUUUUCAGAUGAUAUGGAUACGGCUGUGGCUGUAUCGGCUUUGGGAGAAUCAAUGGGAGACUUUGGCAUAGAUGGUGAUGAUGGGAGAGAUGAUGAAGAUAUGGAGAUGGAUGAUGCAGCUACAAAUUCGAAAUCGUCUGAUUUCAAAGAAAAGAUUCUGAAUGUGUUGAAGCAAGGAGACUUUGAAGAAAAAAGAGCUUCAAAACUUACACAAACAGACUUCAUGUUCCUGUUAUCUCUUUUUAACAAGGCUGGCAUCCAUUUUUCAUGAUCUGCUGCUCAGUUAUCCAAGUCCUUAUGUCAAGGGAGCAUAUGUAAAAAUGAGAGUUGCUUUGUGUUUUCUUAUUAUUAUUAUAGUUUCUUCCAAAAAAAUAAUUUGAUUGGAAAUUUUGAGAGUAAGAAUUUCAAUUUAUUUUACUUAUCUUUUUCGCCUUCUUUUGUACAGAAAUAGUCCACAUUCAAUUUUGAGUUUUGUAUUAUUUUUAGUACAAAUUUACAAACUCAAUGUGGACUAUUUUUAUGGGACGGGUAGUAUUAUUAUUAUGUUAUAGUUGAGAUGUAGUUCAUUUGUCUUUAUUUUUAAUUCAGUUGGUGCUUUAGAAUUUGGAGAUGAAUUUCUGCGAUAAUUUACUUUUUCUUAUCAGUUUAUGUUUGGUACUAUGUGCUGUUGAUUUAUGCCCAAGUACCUUGUUUUAUGGAUGAAAAAAGAUUUUACUCCACAA